AUGAAGAACUUCAUUCUCUUGGCUGUUUCUUCCAUCCUGUUGGUGGACUUGUUCCCCACGCACUGCGGGCACAAUGUAGAUCUGUCCAAGGCCAUAAAUUUAAAUGGAGUAAACUUCAAUAAUGUAGACGCCAGUUCACUUGGCGCGGCACACGUAGGACAAAGUGCUAGCCGAGGCAGAGGACUUGGUGAGAACCCAGAUGACGAGGAAGGAGAUGCUAAAAAAAAAAAGGAUGGAAAGAAAGCAGAACCAAAAAAUCCACGUGAAAAUAAGCUGAAACAACCAGGAGACAGAGCAGAUGGACAGCCAGCAGGAGACAGAGCAGAUGGACAGCCAGCAGGAGACAGAGCAGAUGGACAGCCAGCAGGUGAUAGAGCAGAUGGACAACCAGCAGGAGAUAGAGCAGCUGGACAGCCAGCAGGAGAUAGAGCAGAUGGACAGCCAGCAGGAGACGGAGCAGAUGGACAGCCAGCAGGAGACAGAGCAGAUGGACAGCCAGCAGGAGACAGAGCAGAUGGACAGCCAGCAGGUGAUAGA